AUGGCACGCUUUGCAUUUGCGCUGCCGCUUGCGGCACUGCUGUUUACGGCCUCGGUCUACUCCCAGCAAUGCGGCUGCAUGGGCCUCGACUACACCGACGGAGGCUCGUAUCUGAUUGACGGCAGCUCGCAGCUGAACUUUACCUUCCAUUCCUCGUUCGAGGGCUGCCAGGACGGCUUUGUCACGCCCAUCCUCAUCGAUCCCAAUGGCAACCAGUAUGCCUGCGAUGACAUUGAGUCGCAGCCCGACGACAGCCAGCAGGCGUCUCAGUGCAAUCUCACGUACGACCAGAUGGUGACAGGCCAGUACACCAUCAUCCUGCAGUCGACCGACAUUGAGUUUGCCUCGCAGCGGCAGUUCCAGAUCACGGUUGGCAACCAAGGCCUUGUCGUGGUGACUGUCACGCCCACAGAGACGGUUGGCGUCACUGUGACGCCUACAGCGAUCACCCAAAUCAACGAGGUCGUCGAGACACAGACCGUCAUCGGCUACCCCGAAACCGUCACCUCCGACUGUGACGCGCCCACGCAGACCAUUAUCAGCUACGUUCCCGGUCCCACGUCCGUCAUUGACACCGUCAUCCAGCGAUGGGUCACUGCCGGUAUCGUCACAAAUUACUACCAGACCACCGUCGAGGUCGACGCAUAUUGCCACUGGCCCGCAACCUGGCGCUCGCCCACCGUGGAUCGUCCGCCGCCGCCCACGUCGCGGCCCACCAACUGCGACGGUUGCCGGCCCUGGUACACAAGCAGCAGCUGGGUCUACACGCGGCCGAGCAGAACGCCGACGCGGCCCCACACGAUCCCGCCCAAGUCGACGACGUCACGCCACCGCAACCCGCCGCCCCCGUCGUCCACUCGUCAUAAUGACCCGCCUCCGUCGUCAACUUGGCACAACGACCCGCCUCCAUCCUCGACGCGCCACAACGAUCCGCCUCCAUCAUCUACCCGGCACAAUGAUCCUCCCCCGUCGUCAACCAGGCACAGCGACCCCCCUCCAUCAUCCACGCGUCACAACGAUCCUCCACCGUCAUCCACACGCCAUAAUGACCCACCUCCAUCGUCAACGCGACACAACGAUCCACCGCCAUCAUCUACUCGGCAUAAUGACCCCCCUCCGUCGUCAACACGCCACAACGACCCGCCUCCGUCAUCUACCCGGCACGAAGAUCCGCCUCCGUCAUCUACCCGACACAAUGAUCCUCCUCCGUCAUCAACUCGCCAUAAUGACCCCCCGCCGUCGUCGACACGCCACAACGAUCCUCCUCCGCCCGACCCGCCCCACACGAACCCGACCACCCGUCAGCCAGAUCCCCCUCGAUCAACGUCGCAGCCAGGCAAUGGAGGCAACAAUGGAGGAGGCAGGGGCGGCGGCAACAACGGAGGAGGCAACAACGGAGGCAACAACGGAGGCAACAAUGGAGGCAACAACGGAGGUGGAAACAACGGAGGGAACAACGGGGGUAAUAGGGGCGGUGAGAAUGGCGGCGGCCAUAAUGGCGGUAACGAAGGCGGGAACAACGGUGGAAACAAUGGAGGUAACAGGGGUGGAGGAGCUGGCGGGAACAACGGAGGCAACAACGGGGGUAACAACGGGGGUAACAAUGGAGGGAACAGGGGCGGAGGAGGUGGCGGGAACAACGGAGGCAACAACGGAGGGAAUAAUGGCGGUAACAGGGGAGGCGGCAACGGAGGCAACAAUGGUGGCAACAACGGAGGGAACAACGGAGGGAACAACGGUGGAAACAAUGGAGGGAACAGGGGUGGAGGAGGUGGAGGGAAAAAUGGACGCGGUGAAGGCGGCAAUAACGGCGGCGGCAACAACGGUGGUAACAGAGGAGGUGGCGGAGGCGGCAAUAACGGCGGCAGCAACAACGGCGGUAACAGAGGAGGCGGCGGCGGCGGCGGCAACAAUGGCGGCAACAGAGGAGGCGGCGGAAACAACGGCGGAGGUAACAAUGGUGGUGGACGGGGUGGUGGCGGCGGCGGCAACAACGGCGGCGGAAACAACGGCGGUAACAGAGGAGGCGGCGGCGGUAACAAUGGCGGUGGACGGGGUGGCGGCGGCGGUCACAGGCCGGAUGCCACCGAGGGCGUCGACAGCGUGCCCCAAAGCACGCCGGCGCCUGCUCUGGCUCGGCGCACCCUUCUCAAGAUCCAGGAUGUGACGAGCACUGUCGUCGAGACGACGUACACGGCCACCGUCACCGUCACGUCCACGGCCGAGACGCCGACGAGCACCGAGGACAACUUCUACACCGUCACGAGCACCUUUGAGCCGCCGGCAGAAACGGUCUGCGACGACGACGACGACGUGCCGACAGUCACGUACUUUUACCAGGGCCCUGCGCAGACGCAGUACCAUGUGCACUACGAGACGUACAACACGUGGGCCACGGUCUGGGUCGGGCAGACGCAGACCUACACGUACACGGACCGCGACGCGAUGACGCAGUGCUGGCAGGGUGGCGGACGAUACGGCGUGUAG